AUGAAGUUCAAGGGGUUCACGUAUAUAAUCACUGGCAAACUUCGAGUCAAUGCGUCACCAUCCACUCACACUCACAACUACCUGCUACCAUUCUCCAUGUUUCCCUUCCAACAUCACCACGAGCAACUCGCGCAAUCAUCGUCGGAAGAGCCUCAGCUCCCGGCAGUUCUUGCCACGCACGAGCGACAACCGACAUCUCGGUCCAUUUACUCUGUGCCUCCCGGAUUUGCGCAACCCCAGAAUUCACUAAAACGACCAGCCUACUUCGAGGCGGAUGGUCAUGAACUUGAACGAUCCACUGGUGAUUAUAAGCGGCAUCGAGCGGAGGUAGUGCCACAACCUGCAUAUUGUCCUAUUUGUCUUGACCGCUUUGAGAACGUCAGUUCGCGCACUGAACACAUCGGAAAUGACUUUUGCAAAAGACGUGCUAUUGCAUAUGGGCGCAAGUUUCCUUCUGCACGAGAGCUGGCCUCGAUGAAGCGAAGGUUUGCAGAUGAUCCACUGCAGCAGCUUGCACCCUUCCAUGACCCGAUUUACGGACAAGCAAGCCAGCCCAUGGCCUCGUCUUCCGCCAACACCGAGGUUGUCGCGCCCGUUCCCUUGCCCCGCCAGCAGUCGAGACAGGUCCUCCACAAUGGUGUUCCGCCUCUGAUGCGACACCAGGCUUCCCAACGGGCUCCCACUCAAUCAAUGCCCCGGCCCUCUUCGACUCGAAAUGUCGUUCCUCCCCAACCACAACCAUCCAACACCCCUCGAGAUAUAUACGCAGACGCUGUCACCCGUUAUUUUGAAGGACGCCAGCCGCAAAUGACAUCCAAUAUGGGGCCUCCACCACCGCAAAAUGGCUUUCAACCUGGAAACUUUAGUCCUCCCCCGGCACCAGAUGUCUUGCCACUCAACAUUAUUCGGGACGCCCUGGCCGAGUAUCUUGAAAAACGUCAGUCGCAGAUGCCGCGCAGCGGCCACCAGUCGACAAUGCAAGCUCCAUCACAAAACACCUUUCAAGGACCUUUAUCCCAAAGUCACAGCCGCCGCCAGUCAGUGGCUCAAGCGCUGGCGUAUAUAAACCAGCCUCGCCCCUCCCAGUGGGAGCCACAGCCCAACAUCGGCGCUCAAUAUCCGGACAACAUGACCCUCGCUCCGACAACUCAAGGUUUGGGACGGCCACCAUUCGCACACAAUACUUUGAAUUCCUCUGCGCUUGAUCCAACUCCAACACGGGCGACAAGUCAUUUGCAUGGCAUGCGGCAAACGGCAUCGCACAACGACGUUUUGGCUGAGACGGCAACCAAUGCGCCAGCCAGCCCGUUGAAGAAAUCGAAAUCUUCCAACGACAUUAUUGAACGGGCGGCCCCUGCCUCGGCUCCACCGCUCGCUGACUAUAACUCCGAAGUCACAUAUGAUCCGGUGCCUCAGCAGCUUGUAGCUGAAGCGACGCUUCUCCCGGCCCCCAACGAAGAUGGUCUCCCUGAUGACAUCGAAUCCAUCCUUGCAAACCUCGACGCCCAGCGUCGGGACGCCUUGGGUAUCACAGACAACGACCCCAACGCUGUUCCAACUGUCGCGCAAGAGCAGCAAGCCCAUGCUCUCGAUUCCUACUUCCAAGGUGUCCUUGGUAAUCAGCAGGCCAUGCACAUUCCAGCAAAUGCGCCUCAAUUUGAUUGGGCUACCAUGAACACGUUUGACUCGGGAUCUGCUCCAGAGCAGACUGAGCUCUGGGACUGGUCUGCAUAUCACGGUGGAGACGGCUUCAACGAGACUUGGCAGCCAGAUGGACAGUUGCGGAUGGAAAACCCAGAAAUGACACACGCCGAUGGGGAAGCAAGCGAUUGGGCGUACACAAUUCCGUGGUUGCAACUGUACGAUAUGUCGAUGGAGCCGGCGCCGAACGCGCAUCAUUGA